ACUUGUCCGCCAUCUUUGUUAGUGAUCUGAAAAUAGUUCUACAAAUAUACUGCUAGCUCAUACGCCGGGUAACAUAGCCAGUGUUUUUUUAUUUAUACUAAAGUUGUAAGUUUGAUCUUGGUGAGGAGUAAACCAUGUCUCGUGGUAGUAGCUCCGGAUUUGAUCGGCAUAUUACUAUAUUUUCUCCUGAAGGCCGCUUAUAUCAAGUUGAGUAUGCUUUCAAAGCAAUAAAUCAGGGUGGUCUUACAACCUUAGCCAUAAGGGGAAAAGACAAUGCAGUUGUCGUCACUCAGAAAAAAGUGCCCGAUAAGCUAUUGGACGCUAACACCAUCACUCAUUUGUUUCAAAUCACUGAAAAUAUUGGAUGCGUUAUGACUGGCAUGUUGGCUGACAGUCGAUCCCAAGCUCAAAGAGCUAGAUACGAAGCAGCGCAGUGGAAAUAUAAAUACGGAUAUGAAAUCCCAAUAGAAGCUCUUUGCCGUAGGAUAGCUGAUAUUUCUCAAGUUUAUACCCAGAGCGCCGAAAUGAGACCAUUAGGCUGCUGUAUGAUUUUGAUUGGUAUGGAUAUUGAAAAUGGACCUCAGCUAUUCAAAACCGACCCAGCUGGUUACUUUUGUGGAUAUAGAGCAACUUCCGCCGGCGUUAAACAAAUGGAAGCAAAUUCAUUUCUUGAAAAAAAGAUAAAGAAAAAGUCAAUGUCUGAAAUGAGUUUGACUGAAUCGAUUGAAACUGCCGUUACCUGUCUAUCAUCGAUUCUUUCAGCCGAUUUGAAACCUUCAGAAAUUGAAAUUGGAGUUGUAACAGCAGAAAACCCUAAGUUUAGAAAAUUAACGGAAGCGGAGAUUGAUGCUCAGCUUACACAGAUAGCCGAAAAAGACUGAUUUUCUGUUUAAAGUUACAACCCAUUUGCAUUAAAAUAAAAAUUACGUAUUCAAAUACAUUUCUAUAUUCUUAUU